AUGCGGCUGCUAUACACUACGAGCGAUGGGCGGCUUGGAUGGACUGGCGACCUGAUUGAGGACAAGAUCCCCCCUUAUGCGAUCCUGUCGCACACCUGGGAAGGACAGGAAGUAACAUUUGCUGACCUGAAAGAUUUGCACAAUACAGCAAGUGAUGAAGUACGAAGAAAGCAUGGGUAUCAAAAACUCCUGUUCUGCGCGCAACAGGCCAAGCGGGACGAUCUGGACUACUUCUGGGUAGACACUUGCUGCAUUGAUAAGUCGAACAGCGUAGAGCUUUCGGAAGCGAUCAACUCUAUGUUCCGCUGGUACCAGAAUGCAAUUAAGUGCUACGUAUUCCUUUCAGAUGUCGAAAAGGACACCCUAGAGGGCGAUGGCGAGUCAGCAUUCAGAAAGAGCAGGUGGUUUAACCGAGGAUGGACGCUUCAGGAACUACUGGCACCUCGUUCCGUCGAGUUCUUCUCUAAAGACGGAAUUCGAUUAGGGGACAAAGAUUCACUCGAGCAAACUUUACACGAGAUUACCGGAAUACCUAUUAAAGCUCUUUCAGGGAGCGACUUGUCCGAGUUCGACGUUGCUGAGCGGUUCUCAUGGGCAGCAAAUCGCCAAACGACACGCCAAGAAGACGGUGCAUACUGCCUGCUAGGUAUAUUUGGUAUCUUUAUGCCACUAAUAUACGGUGAAGGCAAAGAUAGUGCUAUGAAACGGCUACAGAAAGAAGUAGAGGGAGCUUCAGUGGACACCGCAGGUCAAGAAAAGUGGCUUGGUAAAAUCUGCAGCUGGCUUUCCGCUCCUGACCCGUCCACAAACUACCAUAAAGCGCAAAAGCAGCGGCAGGCUGAGACUGGACUCUGGCUGUUAGACAACGCAAGCUUCACUAAAUGGAAAGCAACUCCAGCGUCACGACUGUGGCUGUAUGGGAUCCCGGGAUGCGGCAAGACUAUCCUGAGCUCAACAGUCAUCGAGCACCUGCUGCAACACUGCUACAGUGAUGCUAGUAUGGUGACAGCGUACUUUUACUUCGACUUCAACGACAUACAGAAACGGAACCCAGAGCUGAUGCUCCGCUCGUUGCUCUGCCAGCUCCUGCAGGGCUUGGUUAUAAUACCUAAGGGCGUCAACGCAUUGUUCUCGGCAUGUGCAGAUAGGGGUCAACAGCCAUCACUACGUGCGCUGCUCGAACUCAUACCGCAGGUGAUACAACAGUUCACGCAUGUCUAUGUUGUUCUAGAUGCGCUCGAUGAGUGCACAAAGCGUCAAGAACUAAUGGAUAUGCUUGAGAUGGUGGCUGGAUGGCAGCUCGAUAACCUACAUCUGCUUAUGACUAGCCGGAAAGAGCGGGAUAUUGAGAGCUCUCUGGAGAUUUACAUUAAAGAAGAAUAUACAAUCUGUCUUCAAAAAGACGUUGUAGAUGGCGACAUACAACGAUACGUUCAACGAAGGUUGUCUGAUGAUAAGAAUCUAGCAAAGUGGAACAAAGAUACUGCUAUUAGACAAGAGAUUGAGGCUACACUGAUGCACGGGGCUCGUGGGAUGUGUGUAUUGAAAACUUAG